AGUGCGUAAAAGUGUCGGAAAAGUUAAUAGUCGUUCUAGAUUUUAAUUGGAUUAAUAUUGUUUAGUGAAAAAAUAACACAUUUGAUAAGAAAAUGUCGCGAAAUCAAUUGCCGGAUUCGUCGUCUUCACCGCCCAUUAGCCAUUUACCCUUCCACAAUUUCGACGAUGAUCUGAUUAACGAUUUGCCCUCCUGCAUUUAUGCGGGUCAGCAUCAAGGCGGAGGCGCCACCGGUGGAGGUGGUGGAUCGGGAGGUGGCGGUGGCAGUUCUGGGCUGCGUCUGAGCUCCAACAACCUGCGUCACAUCCAGCAGCAUUAUAUGCAACAUAGCGGAGAAAAUCUGCUCGACUCCUCUACCAAUCCAAUGGGGGUGCACAAUUCCGGGGGAGGAGCACCCUUAAUGUGCAACAGCCCCAGUGCCAGCAGCAGUGGAGGAGGGUGCGGCAACGCAGGAUCUGCUACUCCUGGCGGUGCAGGUGGUCCCAAUCCUGGAUAUGGAUCCGUGGGAGCUGCAACUGCGUCCAGCUACAAAAUGCAGCGACAGGCGGCCAAUGUGCGGGAAAGGAAACGCAUCCAGAGGUCCGCCCCAACUGGGUACACCAAAUGUAGCAUCAAUUCGGCUUUCGAUGAGCUAAGGGUCCAUGUACCCACCUUUCCGUACGAGAAACGUCUGAGCAAGAUCGACACUCUGCGGCUUGCCAUCGCCUAUAUAUCUCUGCUCCGUGAGGUACUACAAACCGACUACGAUCCCCUAACCUAUGUGGAGAAGUGUCUGCGCGGAGAGAUCAAAGCGGAUAGGGCUAAUUGGAAUACGAGUGAUCUCACAGCUCGUCUGUCGUGGAUCAACUGGGAGAACCUCGGAGUACAUCCUGGUAGGCGAACCCUGCUUACCUCGUUGGCUCUCUCCUCGGAACCCAUGUGCGGAGCUCAUUGCGGAAUGCCGUAGAUUCGCUCUAUAUAUUUGAGGCUUAGCCUAUCAACUGCUGAAAGCACUUACCACUUAAGCUUCUGAUCUUCCCCAAAGAUUACAAAGUCUUCCCUUUAGGUUUUGAUAUCCCAAAAUAGUUUAAGGCUGGACAUAUUUCUACAGUUACUAACAGUUAGCAAUAGUAUUUUAUUUGAAAAGCGUCUCGGCUGCACGAAAUACAAGACCCAUCUGCCAUUGAAGCCCACUACUGUGUUUAAUAAAUAGUUAUUGGUUUCAAAGGCUCGCAGGAUAAUGCAUUUACAAAUCAAUUCCUCAAAUUAUAUUUCAGGAUAAAUCUUUUGUAAAUAGUAUUGAGUAUUGGGCAACCGAUCUGACAAACCGACAAACCAGUUGCAGCUAACAGACGUUUUACAGUUAGUCAACUAUGUAACAACUUU